CUCUUACACUUGUUUGUUUUUUGUUUUUACAGUCCAUAACUUAAACUUGAGCCUGGAAAGAGAUGAUGAGAAAGAUGUCUUGAUGUGUUUAGUUGACAACAAUGAGCACAAACAUGAGAUCCAUGCCUGCUAGACUGAUCUGGAAACACAGACCUGGAUGAUGGGAAGAUUUCCAAAAGCAUUUUUCCAGCAUUUUGGGGGUCUUCUGGCCUCAGAGCGUAUGCACUGCGGUGCUGAGAGGCUGCCCUCCUGCAACGGUGACAGCAGCGGCUCCACCCCCAGUAACCUGGGUGGGGACAGAGAAGGGUACUGAGGCCCCAUCCCUGCCCAAACGCCGUCCCUGCCCACGGUGCAUCUCCGUCCCUCUCCCUGUUUCACGUCCCUUCACGCCCCACGACGGAGUCCUCGUUCCUACCCUCGUCCCCGUGACCCCUCGUAGCCCGCGGCGGGGUUCCGUCCUUAUCCUUGUCUCCACGUUCCCUCGCUCUCCGUGCUGCGGUCCCUUGUCACGUCCCUGACCCCUCACACCCCGUCCCGCUGCCGUUCCCCUCCCGGGACCGCCGCACCGCCGCCAUUUUCUCCGUCGAACGGCGGCUCCAUGGCGGCGGCCUCAGGCGGUCGAGGGCCGCAGCGGCCGAGGGCGCCGGGGCGCAGCCCGUCCCCGGGCGGCUACCCGAGCUCCAAACCGCUCGGCCGGGACGGCUUCGCUUCUCGGCGCCAGGACGGGUCCGUCUCCCCGGGCCCGCGGCGGGAGCUCCCCGGGCACUGUCGGGAGCCCCUCCGCACCGGCGAAGAUGAGGAGAGCGAGGAAGAGGAGAGAGAGGACCUGGCUGAGAGUUCACUGCUCAACAAGCUGCUCCACACCUCUCUGGUAGAGAACAGCCACCACGUGGAGGUGCUGCAGCAGGACCCCUCCUCCCCGCUCUUCUCCAUCAGAACCUUCGAGGAGCUGCACCUGAAAAAGGAGCUUUUGCAGGGCGUGUACACCAUGGGCUUCAACAGGCCAUCGAAGAUCCAGGCAAAUGCUCUGCCCAUCCUGAUGGCGCAUCCACCCCAAAAUCUGAUUGCACAGAGCCAGUCUGGGACGGGCAAAACAGCAGCAUUUGUCCUGGCCAUGCUGAGCAGAGUGAAAGGUGCUGAGAGAUACCCGCAGUGCCUUUGUCUGGCUCCCACUUAUGAGCUGGCCCUGCAGAUUGGCCAUGUGGCAGAGAAGAUGGGGCGGUUCUGCAAUGACAUCAGGGUCACCUAUGCUGUGCAGGGCAACAGAGUGUCCCCAGGCACCGUGCUGGAGGAGCAGAUUGUCAUUGGCACACCAGGCACCAUGCUGGACUGGUGCUUCAAGCGGAGACUGCUCAACAUGAGGAGGAUCUGCAUGUUUGUGCUGGAUGAGGCUGAUAUCAUGAUUGACACGCAGGGAUUCUCCUCCCAGAGCAUCCGCAUCCAGAGGGCUCUCCCCAAGAACUGCCAGAUGCUGCUUUUCUCCGCCACCUUCAAGGAAAAUCUCUGGAAAUUUGCCCUGCAAAUUGUCUCCAGGCCCAUCAUCAUCAAGUUGCGACAGGAGGAGCUCACUCUGACCAACAUUAGGCAGUACUAUUUUGUCUGCCAGAACUGGGAGCAGAAGUAUGAGGCCCUCUGCAACCUCUAUGGCAGCAUCACCAUUGGCCAGGCCAUGAUCUUCUGCCAGACCCGCCGGAGUGCAGACUGGCUCUCGGUGAAGAUGAUUCAGGAUGGGCACCAAGUGGCCAUGCUGACAGCAGAGCUGUCCAUCGUGCAGAGAGCUGAUGUCAUCCAGAGGUUUCGUGAUGGCAAGGAGAAGGUUCUCAUCACCACCAAUGUCUGUGCGAGAGGGAUUGAUGUGGCCCAAGUCACAAUUGUGGUGAACUUCAGCCUUCCCAUCAACCGUCAGAAGCAGCCAGAUUUUGAGACGUAUUUGCACCGCAUCGGGCGCACAGGGCGCUUCGGGAAGAGGGGCAUUGCCUUCAAUAUGGUGGACAGCCACAGCACGCACCUCGUGCGCUGCAUCGAGGAGCAUUUCCAGACUAAGAUCAAGAGGCUGGACCCAGAUUGCAUGGACAAGCUCGAGGAGCUGGAAAACUGAGCAAAAAACAUGGCUUAGCUUCAAAGAACUCACGUUUUGGUUUAUAGUAUAUGGGAAAUCCAGGAGAAAGUCUCCCAGUUUUCUGAGUUCCUGGAGGUGCUUGGUUUGUUGUGACAUUUUAGAAGGAGAGUACGGGGAAAAACCCUCAGCCUAAAAAAAUUAUUCUGAUUGGUUUCUUUGGUGUUUUGGGGGAAGGAAUCUUGGUGUUUUGUGGAGAUGCUCCUUGAUUUUCGGGCAGUGUUUGCCUGUUUUGGGCACUGUUGCUGUUUGGGAUGCUGCUGCCCUGUUCUGGGCUCUGUUCCUUGUUUUCAGGUGGUGGUUUGUGGUUCUGGGGCACUGUUUGUUGGCUGAGGGUACGAUUCCUUGUUUUGUUGGUUGUUGUUGUUUUUUUUUUCUCUGAAGGAAAUAAGUGUAAAGCAGACAAGUCCUAGUUCAGCCAUCUCGGUGUCUAAGAUUUGUGCAGAAACUAGUCCUGAUGAGAGGAAGCACUGUUCUGGAAUGUGUUAAUUUCAAGGUGUGUGGAAACUCUGGGGAACCAAAAAACAGUUUAUUAAAGAUUAUAAACACGAGGGAAAAAUGGUAUUUUUUUUCCUAAUUUCUUUUUUUCCAUUUAAAUAAAAGAGUUUGGUGCUAAAUGA